CAAGCCUCCAGAAGUUUAAAUAGAUAAACUUGACCAACGCGAUGCCUGAUAGUUAGUUUCUCUUUUAAUGUUAUUAACGGUUUUCUCCCUUUUAUGCGUAAAUUGCUUUACAGACAAAAGGUUUAAGUAAUAGAAAGGCUGAAACCUGCUCCUGUCACGUCAAAUGGUUAAACGAGAUUCCCAUAUUGGACUCAAUGUGAAGCUCCACAGCCAGAAAUGAACAAGCUUUCACUGGGAGAUAAAACUGCUUCAAGUGGGCUGAACCGCUGGGUGGACCCAUCCUUCACUGAUCUUCCCGUGGAAAACUUCUCUGUCUCUGGAAGGAAGAAACCAUGUCCGUUUUCAGGAUUUAAGCCUGAGCCCAAGAGACCGAGGAAAAGAAAAGGAGAGACCACCGGUUCAGACUCCCAUUCGCACUUUCUGCUCAAAGACUCGGUUCAGGAUGAGUGUGAUGAGCCAUGGGUGGACAAACAUGCACCGCGCUCACAGGCUGAGCUCGCCGUCCACAAAAAGAAGAUCGAGGAAGUGGAGAACUGGAUGAGAGUCCACACGAACACGUCAAAGGGUGGCAUCCUGCUGUUGACAGGACCGUCAGGGAGUGGGAAGACGGCUACAGUUCAGGUGUUGAGCCAGGAACUAGGCCUCCGGGUUCAGGAGUGGACGAACCCCACUGGCCUGGAACUGUACAGCUGCAGCCAGUGUCGUAUUUCAGAGUGGGCGGUGAACGGUUACAGCUCCCAGUCGACCCAGUUCCAGGAGUUUCUCCUCAGGGCCAAUAAGUACAACUGCCUUCAGAUGUCUGGUGAUGGAAGAGCAUCAGACAGGAAACUCAUACUAGUAGAGGAUUUUCCAAACCUAUUCUUCAGACAGCCGAGCAGCCUGCACAACAUCCUCAGGCAUUUUGUGAAGACGCGUCGAUGCCCGUUGGUGUUCAUAGUGUCAGACAGUUUAAGUGGAGACAGCAGCUCACGCUCCCUUUUCCCCAGAGACGUCCAGGAGGAGCUGGACAUCACCAAUAUCAGUUUUAACCCCGUUGCUCCGACCACAAUGAUAAAGGUCCUGACUCGUAUUUCAGCCCUGGAGGCAGCGAAGAGCUGUGGGAGGAUGUGUGUUCCUGACCAGGCGCUGCUGGAGUCGCUGGGUUCUGGAAGCUCUGGAGAUAUUCGCAGCGCCAUCAACAGUCUGCAGUUCUCUUCUCACCCAGACUCAUCUUUGGAAAAGGGGCUUUGGAGGAUGAAGAAGGACCGAGGUGGGGGCACACAGACGUCACAGGGGAAGACUCUGUCUAGAAAAACCCAGAAGAAGAAGAAGUCUAAGCAGAUGAAAGAGCAGGAAGAAGAACAGGCAAUCGGAGGCAAAGAUGCGUCUCUGUUCCUGUUCAGAGCGCUGGGGAAGAUCCUGCACUGCAAACGUCAGAGUCAUGAAGAGGCUGAAGGAGCUGACGGUGCCUCUGGACCUGGUUUACCUCCACACCUCUCAGAACAUCACAGACAAGCUUUACUUGUCGAUCCUGAGCUGGUUGUGGAGCGCUCGCAUAUGUCCGGAGAGUUCUUCAACCUGUACCUCCAUCAGAACUACAUGGACUUCUUCUCUGAGGUGGAGGAUGUGGUGAGAGCCAGCGAGUAUCUGUCAGAUGCCGACCUCCUCACUGCUGAUUGGACAAGCCGCAGCGUCAUGUGGGAUUAUGGGUCUUCAGUGGCCACCAGAGGGCUCCUUCACUCCAACUCUCAACAGGUGACCGUGGGAUUCAGACCGCUUCACAAACCCAACUGGCUCCAGGUCAACAAGAAGCACCGGGAGAACUGUCAGGCAGCAGCGUCGCUGUUCAGGAGCUUCUGUCUGACACCCAUCAGCCUCCAGACUGAACUGCUGCCUUACCUGGCCAAGCUCACCAACCCCAUGAGGAACCAAGCUCAGAUCGCCUUUAUCCAGGAUGUGGGUCAGUUGUCGCUGAGGAGGUUUCCCGGCAGAUUAAAACUGGAGGCUCUGACAGACAAAGACCCAGGCCAGCUGCUUUUAGACAGCGAAGAGGAACAGGAGAAGAAGAAGAAGGAGGAGGAGGAGGAAGGCCAGGGGGCAUCUGAGGAUGGUCUACUACCCAGUCAGCCCCAACCCACCGCUAACCAGGUCCUGCUGGAGGACGACGACCUGAACAUCGAGGAAUACGACAGCGACUGACUGACACCAGACACUUUACUGUGAUACUGUGACACUUCCUGUUGCAUUUCUGUGAUUCUUUUCUCUGGUUAGAGGAUGAUUAUCGCCAUGUGGAUUAACAAAAUAAUAUCACAGACCAGAUUUGGAACCAAGGAGAUGCCUUCUGUUACAAAAACACACACUAAUCUGUUGAACAUUGGUGAUUGAUAUUUUCCAAAGAAUCUGAAACUGUGGAAGCACAUUCAUGAAAGAAAGAACACAUCGGACACUUUAUCUCAUAAUUACACGAUCCUCACGUCAGAAUUCUUGAGCAAAACUUGAGCUGAGUAAUUAAAAUUGUCACAUAACAUGGAAUCUAUAAAAAAAAAAAAAAAACUUGAAGAUUUUAUGUCAGUGGGUCAUAUGACAUAGAAACUAGUGAAAAAAUUAUAUUUUCUUUAAAAAUGUGACUUUAAAUAUAAGAAGAAUUAAAAUACAGUCGAAGGAGAUGCAUCUAAUUUGUUGUGUGUUGGAAAAAUAUGUGAUGGAAACACUGCACUUCUGUUCCAGCGGAAUCAGAGAAUUCACAUGAACUUCAAAAAUUAAUAACCGAUAUUACUAUACUGAAUAAAUAUGAUGCAUAUCUCUACAUUUGUUUUUAAUACUUCUUUUAUUUAAGUAUUUUUUAUAACAAAAAGCAUUUAUUUUCAGUAGUUUCCAUGUCAUGUGACCCAGUGACUCAAGGUCGGAAAUUGUUUCAUUACAUUAAAAACACAAGACACUGUUUUAUUGUGGUGUUUCUUCUGUUAUACAUCAUGUUUAUUUAAAAAUUAGCUUUUUUUUUUUUUUUUUUAGAUUGCAUGGUAUGUGAGGAUGGUCAAGUACGAGGCUUCCCAGUCUUUUCUUGUAAUUUGGAGAGAAUUAUUAGAAAAGAAUCUCAUAAUGUUGAGACGUGGCUGCUGCUAAAGUUGUUUGUGCUUCUGUAGUUCCUCAUACAGAUGAUUAUGAGAAUAUUUGUGUUCUACUCACUGAGCUUUGAUCAGAUAUGGAUUUGACCUUUCCUCAGAUUGAUAAAUGUGUGAUUUAUGAAAUAGUCAAAGUGCCACCUCUAGUUUGACUCUACCAGGUUAAAGACUGUCAGUAUUUAUUUGUUUUCUGUGCAGCUUCUGAACUGUUUUUUUUUUGUUAAUUUUCUGCAUCUUUUUGUUGUUUGAGUAAGAGAAGCCUGGAGAGCUUUAAUGGAGAGUUCUUUUGGAACCUUAUUUUGUGUUAUCUGAAACAUAAUAAAUAUUACAUUAAGUACUUAUUUUGAGUACAUAUCCUUUUUUUUAUUUUUAUUUCUUAUAAAUGGUUAAAUUAAAAGCAGGUUAUUCCUC